ACGGAUCAAUGGCCUGUGCUGAGUGGCUGCGGCCGCGCAGAGGUGGAGAUUGGACGUGGUCACUGCGCUCAGCUCCAGAGGUUCACUCAGCUGGACGUAGGGCAGUUUUAACAUCUGUUGGCACCAGUGAUACAUGGAAGUAGGACACAACAAGAGAAGCAUGAGGCAACACUGUGCUCUUAAACAUGGGAUACUCAAGGAAUUCCUGGCAGAAUUCCUGGGAACGUUUGUCUUGGUUUUGUUCGGCUGCGGCUCAGUCGCUCAGACCGUCCUCAGUCGAAACAGCCUGGGAGAACCUCUCACUGUCCACAUCGGCUUCUCUGUGGGCCUGAUGAUGGCCGUGUAUGUGGCCGGUGGAGUGUCAGGGGGCCAUGUGAACCCUGCUGUGUCUCUGGCCAUGGUGAUUCUGGGCAAACUGAAGAUCUGGAAGUUUCCAUUCUACAUCAUCGCUCAGUUUCUUGGUGCUUUUUCAGGAGCUGCCGCCGUCUUUGGAUUAUACUAUGACGCUUUCAUGGACUUCACCAGUGGGAUCCUGUCGGUGACUGGAAUCAAUGCAACAGGUCACAUUUUCGCCUCGUACCCUGCAAGACACCUGUCAGUCCUCGGUGGCUUCAUCGACCAGGUGGUGGGGACGGGGAUGCUGGUCCUGUGUAUUCUCGCCAUCAUCGACGGUGGGAACAUCGGAGCUCCUAAAGGCGUGGAGCCUCUGGCCAUCGGCCUGAUCAUCAUGGCCAUCGGUGUGUCCAUGGGGCUGAACUGUGGCUACCCACUGAACCCCGCCAGAGACCUGGGACCCCGGCUGUUCACAGCUGUGGCCGGAUGGGGGAUGGAGGUCUUCAGCACGGCAGACUACUGGUGGUGGAUCCCGGUGGCGGGGCCCAUGGUGGGGGGCGUGGUCGCGGCCGUCAUCUACUACCUCCUCAUCGAGCUGCACCACCCGCGCGAAGAGCAGGAGAAGCCCCAAGAGGAGGAGGAGGAGGAGGAGGAAGACGAAGAGGACGAUGACAGCAGCCUGAAGGACAAAUACGAGAUGAUCACCAUGAGUUAAAGAGACAUUAACCCCCCAGGACUGACUGAUUUUCACUGUCACUCAGAUGAAGAGCACCCAGCACAGGUUCCAUCUGUAAGGACAGACUCCCUGCGUCACUGUGUGCUCAUUAAUAGGAAGAUAAGCUGUAGUUACACUUCUGAUUGACCUCAGGCAGGCCCAGCAGAGACACGCUUUUCAGCCCACCACAACCUCCACACAUCCAAAAAAAUAAAUUAAAAAAAAGUAAAAUAGGAAAUGCUUUAAAAGCUGCAGCUACAUAACAACACAGAUAAUGUUUUGGCCUGUGCUGUGUAUAGAAAUAUGAACAAUAAGCACCCUUGUGAAAUAGUAGUAAACCCAUCCUCCAAACCGAUAGUCUGUUUGCAGUUUUAUUUUUUACGUUUCAUUUCGUUUCACAUGUUUAGCCGUGAUGUGAACCGCGCAUGCGUGUGUUGUAAAUACUGCAUUGUGUACAUAUGGAAAGUUCCCUUCUUUUCCGUGUGCUGAUAGUGGAGUGAUAGUUCUGCACGCACGUCCUUUCAGCUUCUGCUCCCGUUUUACCUCUGUGGUUGUGGUCACAUUAUGUUUAUAUUAACAUUAACAUUUUUUCUGUUGCUCUUUUUGUUUUGAUUUGACUUUUUUUUUGUCACCCACGAGAAAUAUCUAAAACAAAGACAAACGUCUUCCAGAAAACUCAACACGUCCAGUUGCCUUUGUUGUAGCUUUGCUGUUUGCAUACGCCUGGAUGACCGUGAGCCUUCACAGAACACCCACGAGGAAUUCUUCCUGAUGUUCAGUAUUCAUUUAUUUAUUUAUUUAUUUAUUUCACUCUCUGUUGUUUGUCUACAUUAAAAUUUCUACAAAUAUCA